AUGUUCCACGGUCGAUGGCUUUUGGGACAGGAGCUGAAGGUAACCGUCAAAAGUGGCGACAUGAUGUCCACAUCAGCAAGAAAAGUCGAUGACGACUUCUGGCGCGAUGAGCUGCGCGAGAUGCGACAAAAGGGUCAGCUAAUGCGAAAUGAUCCAUGGUUAAUGAUGCAGUUCGCCGGACAGGAGGCAGGAUGGGCAGACUGGACGCGACCUGGAAAAGGAGGAAAGGGGAAGAAGGGAUAUGCGAAAGGUGGUGCCUUCAUGGGCAAAGGCGACGGGCCAGCAGGCGGCUUUGGAUUACGUUGCUGA